AUGGAGGAGCCGAUGUCGUGGGGCAACAACUCCGGCUGCAAGUUCCUGGAUAAGCCUUGUUCGGAGAAAACUCCCACCACUUACCCCGACAUGUUCUGCAAUAAAAAUGAUGAGUUGUCGAUUCGCUGCAUGUCCAACCGUCAAGCCAUCGGGGUAUGUACUGUCGAUGCUUCUCUAGCCAGCAGUGGCGAAAAGGAGACCUGCAGCUUUGUUUCAACGGCUGGUGGUGAACCACAAUCGUUUUGCGCAGUGAAAGGGACCGACAUUCUACCGGGAACCCUUCAUGGAAAGGGCUCGUGGUGCCUGGAUGCGGAAUCCCUGCAAGUGGAGGCUGGCGACAGCAGUGGCUAUGCGAGCGUCGGGGGUGUGUGUGCGCAGGUGCAGUGCGCGGAGGGCAAGGCGAAGGUGAAGUACCUCGGCGGGAGUGGUUUUGAGCUGUGCCCCAAGGGCGGCGAAAUCCAAGUGACGGCGUUGGAGCACUUCAAGGACGGCGGCAAGAUCAAGUGCCCCCGGUACGAGGAGGUGUGCACCGUCGCCGCCAACGGCAGCGGGCUUAUCUUCGAAUGGGGGGAGGUGGAGCUCCAGCGUGCGAGCACGGGCUCUCCGCACACUUCGUCUAACGGUGGCCUGCCCCGUGGGCGCGAAAUGCUUACGCUUACGUCACGGGCAGUGCGGCGGCCGCCGUUGGCUUCAGUUCCUUUGCGUUUCUUCUUGUGA